AUGUCGCCAACAAACCAUUACCCCCCAGCGCAUUCCAGUCAACUAGCAGCUGAGUCCUCGAGCGCUUUUCAGUAUGGGUCUGCACCACCACACGCGACAGAUCCGAUAGGACUUGACGAGGAAAUGCCCCCAGCGUACACUCCAUCUGCAGACACUUACCAUGGAGAGACCACAGUAGACAGUGGUCCUCGCAGACCCUUCCACCAACAACCGCGACCUAGUCACAGUACACGCAGACCCUCACAUUCCCAUUCAUCCUCAGGCUCUCAUUCCUACUCAUCGCAUGCCACUUCCUCAUCAUCACAUUCACAGCCGCUCUCCCCAUCCCGACAACAUCCGCAGCAGCCACUGUGGACAGUCCCAAGCUCGUGGUCUGCACCUGCUGGUCAGCAAUACCAGUCUCACCGAGGAGGCGGCCUGGUUGGAGCACUCAUCAGUACGGUGCGCGAUGCAGUCGAUGCAGUUUCGGGUCUACACGAUGAGCAGAUACGGAGCAUGCAGCAGUCCCAAGCAGGCGCCUAUGCAGCUCCGUAUCCAACGUCUUCUUCUGCUGGUAUGAUCCAGAGCACUUAUACGUCGUCAUACCAGGGAGGUCAAGGCCCAGUUCCUGGGGUGCCUUCGGCGCAGCAGACCCCUCCGCGGCACGUUCCGGAUGACGGUAGUCCGACUACAACGCCCGCGCCUGGACACCCACUGCUAAACAACGGAUACCUCCUCGUGUACCCCAAUAAGGACUACAUAUGUAUCAAAUGCAAAAAUACGGGGUACAAAAACUAUGAUCCCUCCCACCCCUGCAGAAAGUGCUGGGAGAAAUAUGGGAAGCGUUAUGCCGGCGCAUUGACGUACACAUCCUGGAACACCGAGUCGUCAUCUCGUAGCUCCAAGUUUCAGCGUGCUCUACCCAGGUUCGCCCCACCGCAGGCAUCGCAGCUUUUACUCCAGUCCUCAAGUUACACUGGCCGGCCGCCGCAUGCCAUUCUCCCACAGGCACCUACAUCUUACGGCCAGCACCUAUACGUACAUAAUCCCAUAAUAGGCAUGGGUCGAACCCCACCUGUCCCGCAUGCCAUUCCUGUGCCCCCAGGAGAUCCGCGCCUUGGAGGUCAAAUGUGUCAGAAAUGUGGUGGCACGGGAACACUACCACUCUUGAUCAUUGACGUCCGACCAUGCUCCGUGUGUGGUGGAAUCGGGCGUAACUUGCGGUAG